GAUAAAUUCUAUUAUAGUCAAGAGAAAGUAUUUAAUGGAAUACCUACCUCUCAAAACUCUCAAAAACGACAUAACAUCUGAUUAUGGCUAAACCUAGCCGAUUGCAGAUAAAAGUAUUUAAAAACAUGUAUGGAGAUUACAGCUGUCACCAAACAAAAAAUACAAUAGAAAGGUCCCGAUUUUCAUCCUACACUUUCGGGUCGCUGAAAAUAAUUAAAGAAACAUCAAAUAGAGAACGCAAUACGUAGUAUUACACACCUCACCGCAGAAUGGCCUGGUCACUUUAUGAAUGAAUCCAUUCGUAAUGUGUCCAUGCAAUUCUAUAGCUCGCUAAAAAGAAUUUCUUGAACAGAGAAGUAUAUCCGUCGCCUACAAGAUACCGUCAAGAUAGGAAAUUGCCCAACGCACGGUCAAGUAGUUAAUCGAUUGAAUGCGUAUUCAGACAUUGUGUACUCAACAUAACAGGCACCUGCACUGUGAGUGAUAACGGCCAGACAAGUGUUUGUGGGUUGUGAGUGUAAUAAGGACGAUAAACCUCUUGAAAUAAGUGUAUUAUGUAAAAAGAUAAUUAGGUAUAUAAAACUGAGAUGUAGUUCAUUCUACAAGGAAAACGGGCAUUAUAAUAAUAAAACAAAUAACACUUCACUACUUGACAAAUACCAAACACGUGCUUUCAUUAUCUAAUGAAAUAAAAGGCAUGUAUUGUUAAAUACAAAGGGUAACAACAUUAUCAACGGAAAGGUACAUCGCAAUAAUGCGUUCAUAAUUAUCAUUAGUAAGUAGCGUACGAGUAUUUGUAAAACAAAUCUUGCUAUCAAAGGGAGAACUAUAAUUAUCUCCGACUCUAAGUAAGCAAUUGAUAUCGAACUAGCUAAUCAGUCAAUAAUGUGCCGGCAUACAAUACAACACUCGAAAGAGUAGUGAUAGAUAAUAAGCAGUUCAUAACAUACCACAAUACGAUGGCAGAAGAAAAGAAUAAAUCGACAGAAAAAUUAGAAGAUGAUCCAUUACGUGAGCCAAAAAAUGUACAGUUCAAAGAUAAAACGUUCAAAGAAAAGCUUGGAUAUAUCAAAGACAACAUAACUGUCGAACCUAUGCUAGCAGGACUUAUUAUACCAAGCGUGAUCUCCAGGUUUGCAAUGGGAAAUUUUAAUUUAGAUAAAGCUUGCAGAGUCAAUAAGGGUUUUGGUGAUGAAAUCUGUGACGCUCUGGUAAAGAAAACUAGCAAUAACUACACAUUUUACGAACAAGAGGUUCAGAAACUGAUCUCGUCUAUCGAUAUUUGGAGAGGACUGGUGCAAACAGCGAUUCCGUGUAUCAUCAUAAUAUUUUUAGGAGCUUGGAGUGAUAGAACAGGAAAACGGAAAAUAUGUAUCUUGCUUCCCAUUCUCGGAGAAAUACUGACAUCUAUCAGUAACCUGAUCAACGUAUACUUCUUCUACGAAAUUCCGGUUGAAAUUACUGUGUUGAUGGAGACUAUAUUCCCUGCAUUUACCGGCAGUUGGGUGACUAUGUUUCUAGGCGUAUUCAGUUAUAUCAGUGACAUCACUUCAGUGGAAACGAGGACAUUUCGAGUGGGUCUUGUUAACUUCUGUAUGACAGCUGGUCUCCCUCUUGGGAUCGGUAUAAGUGGAUAUUUAUUGAAGAACAUGGGAUACUACGGUAUUUUCAGUGUGACUUUGGUGGCGUUCAUUGUAAUUCUUGCAUACGGAUGUUUUUGCUUAAAAGAGCCCGAACAGUGGUUACGAGACAAAGGCCUACCUGUGAUUGAACGAGAAAAACAAGUGAACGUGUCCUUCUUCGAUGUAACACAUGUAUCAGACACAGUGGUUGUGGCCUAUCGGCAACGCGAAGGCAAUGGCAGAACGAAAGUACUCCUCACGCUGUUCUGCGUUUUCAUACUUUACGGACCUAGCAUGUCGGAACACUCGGUAUUUUACCUGUACUUGAGAAACCAACUCAACUGGGACAUGGUGAAAUUCGGGGUCUUCACCAGUUACUCCAUCGUAUUGCAUUCUAUUGGUGCAAUGUUUACAAUAACAGUACUGAGCAAGAAGCUUCAGGUCGAAGACUCGUUGCUCUGCACCAUCUCCAUCAUGAGCAAAUUCGUCGGCUCCAUUUGGAUUGCCUUCGUGACCACUGAUAUCGAGAUGUAUCUGGUUCCUGUCGUUGAAUUUUUCAAUGCGAGCACCUUCACAUCGCUGCGGUCCAUUAUUUCAAAAUUGGUGGAAAAAGAUGAAACAGCGAAAGUAAACUCCCUGUUCUCACUGACGGAGACAGUAGCUGCGCUGGUGUUCCAGCCGCUCUACACGUGGAUCUACAUGCGGACCCUGAACGUGUUCCCAGGAACAGUAUUCAUCAUGAGUGCUGCAUUUAUCAUACCCGCUGUUAUUGUGCUGCUAAUGUUCUACGCCAAAAUAAAAAUGGAAUCUAAGAGUGCAAGAAAAAUAGCUUUCGAAGCACAGGAAAAAAAGGAUGCUGAAGAGAAAAAAACAGAGCCUCUGGACUUUUUGAGGCCCAACAUAGAACCAAUUGAAAAUGCAGAAGUUAUAAAGUAACACAUUUUAAGAAGUGAUUGGGAACAAUAUUGAUUGUUUUGUUUGAAUAGGUCUUACGUGUUGAUUCUAAGCCAAUGUUAAAAAUAUUUAAUAGGUACAGUUAAACUCUUGACAUGAAUGUUAACUGCAUAUACAAUACAUAUACUUUUUAUUGCACACUUCAAUAAAAUAAUAACUAUACGGAGAGAAAACAGCAUCAGAAAUAGUGAUAAACAACAGGCGGUCUUACCGCUAAAAAGCGAUCUCUUCUAGGCAACCUUUAGGGUAGGAGAUACCGUUUUAUAAGUAAGUAUCUAAAAAAACAUCGUUUAGGACGUCAUCUUGAAAAACGUACUCAACAGCAAAAAAAGUCACCGGUUUAUCAAAUUCACAUUUUAGCAUAUGACAUGUAUUUCAUGUAUACAAUACCACACAAUUAACAAAGAUUAAACCUCUUUAACCGUUAUGACAGCACUUUGAUUAUGAAGAAAAUGAAACGUCACACUUGAAUGAGAUGCGAUUUUUCAAAAGUAACCAUGCUUCGAUGACAUUCAAUUUGCACGUCACCAUGAUCUCACGUGUCCGUCUUACGAAUUUUCAAUCUGACGGUCACGUGACCCCUGACGCGAGUUUAACAUGCUUUCCCCAUCACAAAAAGUGCACAGCGCCGCUGAAGAAGUUUUCACUUCAAAAAUUGUACAAAUACAUACAAGCUAUUACCAUUAUUAUCCAGAGUAGGCAUCUGCUGUCAAAAUAUUUACCAAUAUUUUGAAAUUUGCAGGUGCCUAUGAACGACUUGACACAAGAAAGAAUUUUCGCAUAAGAACAUUAAUAUUUUUAUUAUUUAACACGGCUAUCACUAUGCAGUUUGACACUGACGUGUUUAAUUCGCUAGCGUCUGCAAUUUACUUUCUAUGCAUCUCGUUCAUACUCGCAUAUUAGUGCGAACGAGAUGUCUAGAAAGUAUGUUACGCCAUAGAGAAAUAAGAAUUAAACAUAGAGUGCUCAGUCCAUACAUUAGUUUUGGUACCAAAACGCUUAUUAUUUUCGUAGUCUACAUCUAGCAUCGAGUAACGGAAUUAUCAGUCUUGACACUAGAUGUCUCAGGUGUUGCGAUUGACGAAAAUUGUAUUUAUCAACAAUUUCCAACUAAUAUUAAAAGCGGGAGUUAAAAAUAGAGUUCCGGUUAAUCCGGUUAUAAUAUUACCUGAAACAUAUUGAGCACCGGUUGUUAUCAAUUAUCAUACUUUGAAUACUAGUUGUAAAUAAAUACCCUAAAUACAUAUGUACAUUUCGGCUUCCUCCAAUGGCUAGGGACACACUGUAUGAUAUUGUAAGAAUAAGAAUGUGAGAAUAUUAUUACGUAAGAAUAUUUUUUUAAAUAAUCCAUUUUAUAACUUUCAUGCAAUUUAUGUUACAUUGCCGAUAACUAAGGUUAACUGCAUUCAAGACUUUGAUCAGAUGCCGCAAUGUAAUGUAAAUUGCAGGCAGGUUCUCGCUAUAGUUAUAUUUUUGCAUUAGAAAAAAGUUAAACAAUCUUGACAUGUUGGUUUAUUGGAAAUUUUUGAGAAAAUGUAUAUGAUCGUAUUUUUUUUUAAUACUACGCCGGUGGCAAACAAGCGUACGGCCCGUCUGAUGGUAAGCAGUGUCCGUAGCCUAUGUACGCCUGCAACUCAAGGAUAUGAUUUAUAGUUCUAACAUAUUUUUUGCUGUCACUUAUUUUCCAUCUGCUUCCUCGCGUUGUCCUGGCAUUUGGCCACGGCUCAUGGGAGCCUGGGGUCCGCUUGAAAACUAAUCCCAAGAUUUGGCGUAGGCACUAGUUUUUACGGAAGCGACUGCCAUCUGACCUUCCAACCCAGAGCGUAAACUAGGCCUUGUUGGGAUUAGUCCGGUUUCCUCACGACGUUUUCGUUCACCGAAAAGCGACUGCUAAAUAUCAAAUGAUAUUUUGUACAUAAGUUCCGAAAAACUCAUUGGUACGAGCCGAGGUUUGAACCCGCGACCUCCGGAUUGCAAGUCGCACGCUUUUACCGCUAGGCCACCAGCGCAGGUGUCACUAUUUUCCAAAAGUGUUUUUUAAUAAAAAGACACGUCAAGGUCGCUUGCCUUCUUUCUAGUGCUAAAAAAAGAACUAUAGUAUAAACCUCGACCUGAAUGUAAAGUCGAAGAAUUGGCUUCAAUUAUUUCGAAGACUGAUAUUGAAAGUAUUCAAAAGUAUUUUUUGUAGUUUUUUUUUAUUGGUUGAUUAGAUCAUCAGAAUAUGCAUUUCAACCAUCUCACUUUUGUGGUUGAAUUAGCUAAUUAUUUAGUAUCUUGAACUACUGUCAGAAAUACCAGCAAAAUAUACUGCGUUUUUAAAUAAUUACUUACAAAAUAGUUUCCACAGAAGUGGGUGGUUGAAAUUGAGAAAAAGUGUUCCUAUUACGAGUAUGAUCAUCUUUUCAAAAUAUGUCACAAAUGUUAUUAUGUUAUUGUCAUAAAUUAGAAAUUAAAUGUUUGAGAAAUC